UUUUGAGUUUUGAUAGGUUUUAAGAAAUCGAAACCAUGGUAAAGGUCUACCCUACCGUGAGUGAGGAGUACCUGAAGGCUGUUGAGAAAUGCAAGAGGAAGCUCAGAGGACUCAUUGCUGAGAAGAACUGCGCUCCAAUUGUUGUUCGAUUGGCAUGGCACUCUGCUGGGACCUUCGAUAUCCACACAAAGUCCGGAGGUCCUUUUGGAACAAUGAGGCACGCCGAAGAGCUUGCUCAUGGGGCAAACAGGGGUCUCGAAAUUGCCAUCAGGCUUAUUGAGCCUAUCAAGGAGGAGUUCCCCAUCCUAUCUUACGCAGAUUUCGUUCAGUUGGCUGGAGUUGUUGCCGUGGAAGUGACCGGAGGACCUGAAAUUCCUUUCCAUCCCGGUAGAGAGGACAAGCCACAUCCACCUCCAGAAGGCCGUCUUCCUGAUGCCACCAAGGGUUCGGACCAUUUGAGGGAUAUCUUUGGACACAUGGGUUUUAGCGAUAAGGAAAUUGUUGUUCUUUCUGGUGCCCACACCCUGGGAAGAUGCCACAAAGAGCGCACUGGGUUCGAAGGACCCUGGACCAGCAAACCGCUCAUCUUCGAUAACUCUUACUUCGUGGAACUGCUUGAGGGAGAGAAGGAAGGCCUUCUACAGCUGCCAACCGAUAAGGUCCUUGUAGAAGACCCAGCCUUCAUCCCAUAUGUUGAGAAAUAUGCUGCGGAUGAGGACUUGUUCUUUGCUGAUUACGCUGAAGCCCAUCAGGCGCUUUCUGAGCUUGGGUUUGCUGAUGCAGAGUAAAAGUCUAAUAGCAAUAUUGGGACAGUGGACUUGUGCGUCUUUUCAUAUUUUUUUUGAUAUUGAAUUUCUAGUUUAGGUGGUUGGGCGAAUAUUGUUGGGGUGGUUUUGGUUAUACCGAUUUGGUAUUAUCCUUUUUCUGGGCCUGCAGAUGAAUAUGUACUGUGUCUUUGCAUUGUCGUCGCCAUUAUCAGGUUAAAUAAGAAAGAAAGUGGCAGCAAUAUAAUCAAUAUUGAAAGUUUGGUUUGGUGA